UCAACCAGUCUCAGGACUAACGAUGUCUACCCAAACAAAUGCUAAUGACAAUGCUGUUGUUUUCAGAAAUGUGAGUGUUGUGUGUGUUGUUUGCGCUCAUCUACUUUCACUAACUAUUUUUCUCAUCCUCUAGCAAUAUGAAAUUCGUGAAGGAAUAAUAUUCUGCAUUGAAUUAUCACAAUCAAUGUAUACAAGUAGAAAAGAACUCAAUGGAAAGUCUCAGCUACGUGAAAUUUUAGAAGCAUUGGAUAUCUUAAUGGAAAACUUAGCCAUUACUAUGAAAGGAACUGGUGUUGGUUGCUACUUUUUCAACUGCUCUAAAACCAGCGAUAAUAAGAGAAAUGGUAUUUACUCUUUAUUUUCGUUGAGUGAUUUAUCAGUAAAAAAUAUAAAAAAACUUCACGAUAUUCUAGAAGAUACCCCAAUUCAAUCCAAUAAUAAUGGUGACGAUAAUAUUUUUGAUCUGGAAAAUCCCGACCUUUUAAAUGACCCAUUGUAUAAACUAUUUCCAUUAAUAAAAUACUCUAAUGAGAAAGAAUUUGAAUCCAAAAAAACUGGAUUAAAUGAAGUGUUUGCUCAAAUGAAUUCCGAAUUUAUGAAUACUAAAAGUAGAAAAUAUAAUAAUAAAAAAAUAUUUUUCUUCACUGAUAACGAUAAACCUUUUGAUCCAAAUUCCGAAAAUGGCCAAAGUUUAAAAAGAAAAAUAAGAACAAUUAAAUUGGAUUUAAAUAGUGAAUAUAUCAAUAUUGUUAACUUUUUUAUUGGAAGCAAAGAAAAAGCAUUUAACCCAAACUUAUAUAAUGAAAUUUUAUUUAUCAAACAUACUAAAGAUCCCUUUUCUAUUUCAAAGAAAAAAGAUGAAUCAAAGAGAUUUAAUAAUUUUAUAUUCGAUGCUCCCAAUACAAAGCACACUGCUUCAAAUGAUAUUAAAUCCAAAGUUUUGAGGAAAAAAGAAGUUAAAAGAGUUCUUUUUCAAUGUCCACUUGAAAUUGGUCCAAAUCUAAUAAUUUCAGUGAAGGGUUUUGGGUUGUACAGUCGUGAAGCCCCAAAAAAGCCUGAAAAUUUUUAUUCAAAAAGCCAAAUUUUGAAAAAAGUUAAUAAUUCCUUCAAGUAUAUCGAUCAAAUAAGUGGUAAAGAAAUAAAUAAAACAAGUUGUAUUGUGAAAUGUUAUAAAUUUGGCGAGGAAUUAAUAAUCUUAAAUAAAAAUCAAUUGGAAAAAAUAAAUAAUUUUGAAAAUUUUGAAAAUGAAAGUAAUGAAAAUAAUAAAAAUAAUAAAAAUAAUAAAGGUGACAGCAAUGAUGAAAACCAUAUAAAAUAUUCCAAACCAUGGUUAAGAAUUAUUGGAUUUAAAAAAAUACAAGAUGCAUUUAAUCCACAAUACAAUUUUGGAAAAUCAUCUUUUAUUGCGCCUAACCCAGAAGGUAGUUUCACCAAUUCAUUUAGAGCUUUUAGUUCACUUUAUCAAUCAAUGAUAAAAACCAAAAGAGCUGCAAUUAUCUGGGGUUAUUUGAAGAAAAAUUCCUCACCCGCUUUAUUUGCUUUGAUUCCUUCGAAGAAUUAUGAAUUUGAAAAGAUUCGUUUGAACAAAAGAAACAAACAAGUGAAAAGAAAAGAAGGUCUAUAUUUUCCCGAAGGAUUAUUUUUAAUGCCUUUGCCAUUUAAAGAUUGCAUUCGAAGGAUUCCAGAACAUGUCAUGUCAGUUGAAGUUGAUGAGAAUUUAUUGGCAUUAACAAAAGGUAUAUUGGGUCGGUUUGAAUUGUGGAAUGCAUAUAAACCAAAUGAUUUUAGUAAUCCUUCACUUUUAUGGCAUUAUAAGGUUUUAAGAGAUGAAGUGUUACAAACUGAAAUUGAUCCUGAUAGUGAUGUAUCUAAAGCUUGGGAAAUUGAGGACUAUGAAAAACGGAAAAACUUAUUAAGUAAUUUUGAUAAAACGUUAGAAAGAGUUAGUAAGAUUAGGGAACUCAUUGUUUCAUCGAUUCCAAGUCAAGAUGAAAUGAAACAAAUGACUGAUGAAGAUAUUGAGAGCAAUGUAGCUUUAUUAAUUCAAAUAUGGAAUACAAGAAUUAAUGGUUUUGCAGCAGUUAAUGACAUGAAAGAAAACAUUGAAAAGCCAAUUAAAUCUGCUAAAAUCGCAGUUGAAUAUGAUUUAACGAAUAAAGAUGUAAUGGCUGCAUGGCAACAAAAUAGACUUAGUGAUUUUAAAGUCCUGCAGCUUCGAAAAUUUAUAAUGAAGAAUAGAGGCUUUAUUGAACCAGCAACCAAAAAAAAUGAUAUGAUUAAUAAUAUCAAAGAAUUUUUUGAAUCUAAGCAAUAAUUUUAUUUUAUUUGAAAAUAAGAAUAAGAAUAAGAAUAAGAAUAAGAAUAAGUGAUUAAAUUAAACUAAAUUUAAUUGAUACUUGGUAUUACAAUUUUAUAUAAAUCUAUUUUCGGAUUUGUU